GUCUGCAGAUCCGUGUAUGGGUACGAACCGCAGUCCUUUUGUCGUUGUGUGGAUCGGAGAGCCUUAUACCCCGAAUCUCGCUUUUUUGACUCGAAAAACCAAUGCUUCGAAGAUUUAAAUGAUUUUUGUAUCCUACUCAACGAGUUUCCUUAAUUUCUCAUCUUGUUUUAUUUGAUCCAUCCAACUUUAUGUCAUUUCUCCGAGAUUUUUGGAUUGAGGUUAUAAAGUACUGGUUGCUCUUCACUUUGGAGAAGAAAAACUCUCAAAGAAGAUGGGUAUUACAGGACUCAUUCCAUUUUUGGAGAAAUCCUCAAAGAAAACAAACAUUUCGGAAUUUGCUGGUAAAGCUGUGGCCAUAGACACUUACUGUUGGUUGCACAAAGGAGCGUUCUCCUGUGCUGAUAAAAUUGUCAUGGGUCAACAAACUGAUGCUUAUGUAAAGUACUGUAUGAAGUUUGUGAACAUGCUACUUGGCCACAAUAUAAAACCAAUACUUGUCUUUGAUGGAAGACAUCUUCCUGCUAAGGCAGAGACUGAAGUUAAGAGAAGAGAAUCUAGGGAAGCCAAUCGCAAGAGAGCAGCAGAACUAAUUAAGAUGGGCAAGAUAACUGAAGGAAAAAAUCUUCUGAGAAGGUCCCUGGAUGUUAGUCAUAAAAUGGCUCUGGAAGUCAUGAAAGAGUGUCAAGCCCACAAUGUUGACUGCAUUGUAGCACCUUACGAAGCAGAUGCUCAGCUAGCUUACCUGAAUAUUUCUGGAAUAGUAGAUGUUGUAAUUACAGAGGACAGUGAUCUCACACUUUUUGGCUGCAAAAAGAUUUUCUUCAAAAUGGAUAUGUAUGGAUAUGGAGUACUGGUAGAGCAGGAUCGUUUGCACCUGGCAAUGGGACUGAGGCUUCCAGAUUUUCAUAUGGAUAAAUUUCGACACAUGUGUAUUCUCUCUGGCUGUGACUAUCUGGCAUCUCUUCCUGGAAUAGGCUUGAACAAAGCUUGCAAAUUCAUCGUUAAAAACACAGAUGACAAUAUAUACAAUGCGCUCUUGAGGCUGGCCUCGUCUCUAAAUAUGAAAUCGUUGGUGGUAACGAAAGAGUAUAGGGACGGUUUUAUGCGGGCGCUUGCUACUUUCAAGCAUCAGCUAGUUUACUGUCCACUACAGCGCAAGCAAGUGCGCCUCAAUCCACUGACUCCAGACAUUACCGAGGAGCAGCUAACGCACGCCGGUUCCGAGGUGGACGAACAACUUGCUUGGCAGCUUGCGCUUGGCAAUUGUGAUCCUUUUAGCAAGGAAAUGCUCCACAACUUCGAUCCCGACAAACCUCGAUUGAGACGCACAAAUUCUUGGAGCGAAACAGCUAUAGCAAGACAUCAAAGCAUUUGGUCCCAGACAUUCAAAGUAAAGGAAGCUGAAGAAAAGAAGCCAAUCAUCACCCCAAAAAAAGAAAGACAAUUGGCCGUUAAAACACCAAGUACUCGGGGAAAGGUUGUGGUUUUAAAGACUGAUUAUUUAAAAAAGGAUGUAACGCCGAGAAAACGAACAUUUGAAGAAUCUGAAAUGGAAGUAGACGAAAUAAUACAGAUGUAUAAAGAUGAAGUAAAGUCACCAACUACAUCAGCACAAGCAGCCAGAACAAAAACGGAAUCAGAAGUUCCUUCAACCGAUGAUGAAAAGACUUCACCUAUUCUAGUGAAGAGAUCAAAUCCAUUUAAAAAAAUGAGCAAUUCAAAUGAGGUAUCCCCGAGUCUUUUGCAUAGAAUAAGAAGAAGACUGCCAAUCAAAAGUCGACUAAAGGCAACUGUGAUAGAUGACACGGCAGUAGUUCAAAGCCAAUUCUUUGCACCUGAAUCUGGUUCAAAACUUGUAGAAGAAAAUGAGCCAAUGGAUCUGGCUGAGCCUAUUACUACCAAUUCUGAUAAAGAAAAUGUAGAUUCCUAUGUUAAGAGAAUUAUUAUUCCUGAAACUGAAGAAUUUGAAGAAGAUGAUCUUUCAAAAGUACAAGGAGAACUAGAUAAAGAUAGUGGUUAUAAAGGUUCCAGUGUUGAGAGGGAACUAAGUGUUUCAACUAUGAGUUGUGAUGAUUCUAUUAGCGAAAAAAAACCUCUACAAUCAGUGGAUAACGUUACAUUGCAAAAUAUUGAUAGUCUGAAAGUUGAAUUUAACGAAGACUCAAUGAGGGUAGAAAGUUCUGAAUAUAUGAAAACAGAUGAGGAUGACAUGGAGUUUUCAAUAACUAGGCAAGUUUUUACAGAAACUAGAUCAAGUAUGUUCAAGUAUGAAAAUCCAGUAAAAGAUAAAAGACUGAAAAGAGAUAAUGAAUCACAAAAUAUUCAAAGAUUAUCUCAAUCAUCGCAAGGAACUUCAAGUCGACGUGGCGCCAAGACUAACUCAAAAAAGACUGCAAUCAUUCAGGGUCAACAGAGUUUAUUAAAUAUGUUUGGUUUUCAAAAAAAGAAUGCUCUUCAGCACUAACAAAAAAUGCAAUUAAUAUUCAAUUAAAAAAACAUAACACAGUAUUAAAAGACUUUCCCUGCUAGCUAGGGUACAUAAGUAUAAGACAUUUAGUUUUGUUGUACUAAAUUUGUGUCAAUUAAUGUUAUGAUAUUUCUUCUUUGAGGUGCCAAUUGUGCUAUGAUGUAAAUAAACACUUGUACAUACAUAUUUUUUUCAAUCAUGUA